CCCCGCUGUGGCCGCCUGCCCAAAAUCUGGGCUCGGCUGCUCCCCCCGGGUCCACCUUGGUUCCAAAAUGAAUGGGUUUCGGGAAAGUGAGGACCGCGCCGGACUGCUGAGGCGCGGGCGGGUGAGGCGCCGGCGUCAGCCCCACGGCGGGUCAGCCUUGGCCCUGCCCUUGAGGCCUAGAAAGAUCCGGAGAUACCGAAGGAGCGUCGCGUCCCGCAUGGCUACGGUGAGGGCUCGGGCACUGCCGAGCGAGGACUCCCAGGGCUCGAAGGUGGAGUCGGCCGCGGACGACCCGGGGGACGCGCUACCUGGCGACGCGGCUGCGGGCGGGCGAGAGCCGCACGGCCACCGCGGGCCUGAGGAGCGGCGGGAGGCCUCAGUGGCUGAGCGCUCGGCGGAGACCCUGGCUGCGCGCCUGAGGCUCGCGGAGGUGGCUGCGGGCCUCCGCGUUACCCCCGCGGGUCGGGAGCUGCCCGGCGACUCCCCGCUGCGGCAGGUCCUGGCGGAACUGAACCGCAUCCCUAGCAGCCGGCGGCGCGCGGCCCGCCUCUUCGAGUGGCUCAUUGCGCCCAUGCCUCCGGACCAUUUCUACCGAUGCCUUUGGGAGCGGGAGGCCGUGCUGGUUCGGCGGCAGGACCCCUCGUACUACGAGGGCCUCUUCUGCACCGCGGACCUGGACGCCAUGCUGCGCCACGAGGACGUGCACUUCGGGCAACACUUGGACGCUGCGCGCUACGUCUGCGGGCGGCGGGAGACGCUGAACCCGCCGGGCCGCGCUCUGCCCGCCGCCGCGUGGUCGCUGUACCGGGCCGGCUGCUCCCUGCGCCUUCUCUGCCCGCAGGCUUUCUCGAGCAGUGUGUGGCAGUUUUUGGCUGUGCUACAGGAACAGUUCGGAAGCAUGGCAGGCUCCAACGUUUACCUCACGCCCCCCAAUUCGCAGGGCUUUGCUCCCCACUAUGACGACAUUGAAGCUUUUGUGCUGCAGCUGGAAGGUCGGAAGCUCUGGCGAGUCUACCGACCCCGGGACCCGACUGAGGAACUAGCCCUGACGUCUAGCCCCAACUUCAGCCAAGAGGACCUCGGUGAGCCGGUGCUUCAGACGGUGCUGGAACCUGGAGAUUUGCUCUAUUUUCCCCGGGGCUUCAUUCACCAAGCUGAAUGCCAGGAUGGAAUGCACUCUCUGCACCUCACCUUGUCCACCUACCAGCGCAAUACCUGGGGUGACUUCCUGGAGGCUGUAGUGCCCCUGGCAGUGCAGGCAGCAAUAGAAGAAAAUGUAGAGUUUCGGAGGGGUCUGCCCCGAGAUUUCAUGGAUUACAUGGGGGCUCAGCAUUCAGACUCUAAGGAUCCACGGAGAACGGCUUUCAUGGAAAAGGUGCGGGUCUUGGUUGCCCGGCUGGGACAUUUUGCUCCUGUCGAUGCUGUGGCCGACCAGCGAGCCAAAGACUUCAUCCACGAUUCCCUACCCCCUGUGUUGAGUGAUAGGGAAAAGGCGCUGAGUGUUCACGGGCUCCCAAUUCGCUGGGAAGCUGGAGAGCCCGUAAAUGUGGGGGCCCAGCUAACAACAGAAACAGAAGUCCACAUGCUUCAGGAUGGCAUAGCUCGGCUGGUGGGUGAGGGAGGCCGCUUGUUCCUUUAUUACACGGUGGAAAACUCCCGUGUUUAUCACCUGGAGGAGCCCAAGUGCUUGGAGAUCUACCCUCAGCAAGCUGAUGCCAUGGAACUCUUGCUUCGCUCCUACCCAGAGUUUGUGAGAGUAGGGGAUCUGCCCUGUGACAGUGUGGAGGACCAGCUUUCUUUGGCUACCAUGUUGUAUGAUAAGGGGCUGCUGCUCACCAAGGUGCCUCUCACUCAAAAUUAGUUUCUUGUUGAUGGCUGGAAAGAGUGCAGUAGUGAUUCUCCACCACCACUGCCACCUUAUUUUGAAAAAGGAACUCAUGUUCUUACCUUGAUAGCCGUCAGUGUGAUCACAUUACCUUUAUGACUGCUUUGGUGUCACAAAACUCUGACAUUCUUCUAGGAGGAACCACUUCAUCUAGGUACAAAAGUAAAAGCAGAAAUUGGAGAAGGGGAAAAAAAAAUGCUAUUUCUGAAGAAGUAACGUUGAUUACCCUCCCAUUUCAGAGCACCAGCUUCAUUCUCCUCAGGUUGCAGUGCAACACUGGGCUGUGUCAUUCGGCUUUAGGAAUUUUUAUGUGGCAGUUGCUUGUUUGAGUUCUCUGUGGGGAGGGCUGGGGUCAGUAUCCUGUUAUAUUGUAUGAACAUUAGAAGUUUUAUUAAAAAGUGCCAAAGAACA